AUGGUUGGCCUCCACCGUCAGUCCGCUACUCUUUCGGCUACAAAUGCAGUCGAACAUUCACUCACUGACUUUCACUCACAAGUUUACUCGUCCGGACCCUCUAUUGGGAAAAGACUUAGAGGGAGCGACAAGAUUCAGAAUGGUGACAUCAUGACGAAGAGCGGAACAAAUUCCUCUCUUUGGCUGCGUUUCGCAGCUCACCCUUUCACCUGCGAAGGUCAGCAAUUCAUAAGAGCAGAAGACUCUCAUUUAGCUCCAAAAUGA